AUGGCCCCCGCAGCAGCUGUGUCAACUAUCUGGAGGCCAGCUGAACCUCUGGCUGCAGGCACUGAGAAGGACGUCGCAGGUGUGCAACAUGUUGAGCAGGUGGAAGACGACUCAACACUUAGAACGUUGGAUGAGGUUCUAAGGCGGCGGGCAAGGACAGAUCCAAAUUUGCCUGUUGUGUCAUACCCGUCCUCAGGCACCGAGUAUGUCGACUACACAUUCCAGCAGCUCGAUGUUUUCGCCUAUCGGGUGGGCAAGCACCUCCAGGCUACUGUUCCAUCAAGGACAAGCUCCAACGAGAAGCGGACCGUUGUUGCUAUGCUCGGGCCAUCGAACCUCGAAUAUCUGGUGACUAUGAUGGCACUGUUCAAACUCGGCCACACAGUCCUGUUCCUAUCGACUAGAAUAUCAGUCCCUGCCAUCGAGGGACUUAUCAAAUCGACCGGGGCGACAUACAUACUCGCAGAUCCCCGGCAUAUGGAGCCAUCACUGGCUACCAAGGAGCAAGUACCAGGCCUUCAAGUCCUCGACAUGCCUACGAGGUCGAACUUUGAAUUCCCGGUCGAUGUCGUUGGAGACACUCAGCUCGACGGCGCUCUUGAUCCGAGCGUGGAGACGACCCAGGUUGUGUACAUUAUUCAUUCAAGUGGAUCAACUGGGUUGCCAAAAGCCAUCUAUCAGAAACAAAACGCAGCGGUGUCCAACUUUUCGGGCAACAUGAACAUGAAAGCGUUCAUCACGCUGCCGUUAUACCACAACCACGGUAUUUCUAACUUUUACCGUGCGAUCUGGUCCAAAAAGGCCAUUCAUCUGUAUAACGCGGACUUGCCCUUGACCUGCAGCUAUCUCAUCAAGAUCUUGCAGACCCACGAUUUCGAAAUCUUUUAUGGAGUUCCCUAUGCACUGAAGCUCCUCGCCGAGGCCGACGAAGGCCUGUCACUGCUCGCUCAGCUUAAGAUCGUUAUGUAUGGUGGCUCAGCCUGCCCCGAUGACCUAGGUGAUCUAUUGGUCGAGCAUGGUGUAAAUCUUGUUAGCCACUACGGAGCAACCGAAGUGGGCCAGCUCAUGACAUCUUUCCGGCAACCUGGCGACAAGGCUUGGAACUACGUCCGGGAACAUGACAAGCUGAAGCCUUAUUUGAAGUGGAUCCCACAGGGGCCUGGCCUGUUUGAGUGCUGUGUCCUCCCAGGUUGGCCGGCCAAGACAGCCACCAAUAUGGAUGACGGUUCUUACCGCACGAAAGAUCUCUUCGAGCCUCACCCAACAGUUGCUGGCGCGUGGAAGUAUAUUGCCCGCCAAGAUGACACAAUCGUGUUGGUCAACGGCGAGAAAUUCAAUCCUGUAGUCACAGAAGGCAAGAUUCGAUCCAGUAAGCUCGUUACGGAGGCUGUUGUUUUUGGAGCUCAGCAGCCAUAUCUUGGAGUUCUGGUCGUGCCAUCGCCUGCGGCAGCCCUCGACAAAUCACCAUCUGAGGUUCUCGAUCUGGUAUGGCCACUCAUCGAGGCAGCUCAAGAAUCGGAUGAUGCAUUCGCCAAAAUCUCCAAGGAUAUGGUCGUCAUUCUCCCUCAUGAUGUCGACUACCCGCGCACCGACAAAGGCAGCCUCAUUCGUAAGAUGUUCUACAGGGUCUUUGCAAAGGAAAUCGAACUUGCAUAUGAGAUAUCUUCGGCAACUAACGAGAAUGCCCGGGAGUAUUCCGAGACAGAGCUGCGCGAUCUCCUGAGAGCACUGGUCACCAAGUCCGUACCACAGGGGACUAGCUUCACCGAUGAGAGUGACUUCUUCGCUCUUGGACUGGACUCAUUGCAAUCGAUUCAAAUACGGGCAGAGAUUUUGAGAACCGUCAAGACACCAAAUAAGCUGACCCAAAAUGUGGUGUUCGACCAUCCUUCUAUCGACAAGCUCGCUGAGUAUCUAUCGGGCUCAUCAACACAGACCAGCGUUGAAGACGAGAUUGCAUCCCUGGUUGAGAAAUACUCGACUUUCUCCCCACCUCGACCCAAGACUGGAAAGUUUGUCGCAGUCACUGGAUCGACCGGCUCCCUUGGCGCACACAUCGUCGCCCAGCUGGUGCAAGACUCCUCCAUAGAUCGGAUAUACUGCUUCGUCCGCGCUCAAGAUGAGUCAAGCGCAGCCAAGCGGACAGCAGAAUCUCUGAUCUCGCGAAAGCUGUACCACAGCCUACCCCAACAGCUUCGCAGAAAGGUCAUCUCCCUUCCUGCCGACCUCUCCAAGCCUGACUUGGGGCUGCCAGAGUCAACAUACCGUGAGAUAACCUCAAGUCUCAGAACAGUCAUCCACGCCGCCUGGUCCGUAAACUUCAACAUCCGCCUGUCAUCGUUUGAGAAGGACAACAUUGCUGGAGUGCGCCACCUGAUCGACCUGUGCCAGUCCGGCGGCGCAUCUUUCAACUUCUGUUCGUCGGUGAGCACGGUCGCCAGACACCCCGACGAACAAGGCCCCGUUCCCGAGUCCCUGCCCGACGCCAAAUGGGCACAAGGGAUGGGCUAUGCGCAGUCCAAGUGCGUUGCUGAAUCGAUCUGCUCCCGUGCCGCUCAGGGCGCGGGCAUCCCAGUGCGGGUCUUGCGAAUUGGCCAGAUUGUUGCCGACACGACGCAUGGCGUGUGGAACGCCACUGAGGCCGUUCCGCUGAUGCUGCAAAGCGCCCUCACGAUUGGUGCACUGCCACGCCUCACGGAGACUCCAUCCUGGCUUCCUGUGGACAUCGUCGCAAAGGGUGUCACCGAGAUCUCGCUCACAGAUGACAACAGUAAAGCAACCACUGGCGCCAUAUUCGCGAACGUGGUGAACCACCGCACAUUCAGCUGGACCGAGGAUCUUCUACCUGCUCUGCGCAGCGCCGGCUUAGAGUUUGAGGAGGUCGAGCCAAAGGAGUGGGUCAAGCGGCUCAGGGAGUCUAACACAGACCCCGUCGUGAAUCCGCCCAUCAAGCUGGUCGACUUCUUCGCAAGCAAGUACGACCGUGACGAGCUCUCGCCCUCGAAGAAGUAUGUCACUGACACGGCGCGGUCGCUCUCUGAAACCCUGGAGAAUGCGCCACUACUGGACAAGGACUUUGCCAAGAAGUUCGUGGACCAGUUCUGCAGGACAGCCUGGAAGAAUUCGGCGGCCAAGAAGGAUGGCGAGACAAAUUCGCCCGCAAAGCGAGUAAUCAUCGUCACCGGCCCUUGCGGUAGUGGAAAAACAACCCUGGCCACCGCACUGGCGAGCUCGCCAAUGGCCGCCCCAUUCAUCGAGGGUGACUCUCUCCACAGCAAAGACGCCGUCGACCGCAUGCACGCCGGCCAGCCCCUGUCCGACGAGCACAGGAAACCAUGGCUUGACCGACUCGUGCGGCGGGCACACGAGGAGCUCUUCGAGCUGGGCUACGACACGGUUGUGGUCAGCUGCUCAGGGCUGAAGCGCUCCUACCGGGAUCAGAUCCGGCAGAUCGGCGCGGACGGCAGGGCCCAUGUGGUAUUCUUGGACUUGCAGUGUCGUCCUGAGACGUUGAUCGCUAGGCUGCAGGAGAGGAAGGGUCAUUACAUGAAGGCAGAGAUGGUCCACAGUCAGCUCGCGGAUCAGGAGGGUAUAGCGACGGAUGAGGUUGAUGUGUUCCCGAUCGAUGCUGAGGGUGCACUGGAAGGUAUUUUUAGGGAAGCCACUUGGGCUUUGGAGCAAAUAUCAUAG